AGGCACACCUCUCUGUGGUUAGAGUUUCUCCUGUCAACUGACUCAGAAGAUGCCAGCCAGAGGCACAGCGUUCUAGACCUGCUGACUGGCCUGCCCAGCUGGGAACAAACAGAUGCAUUGCCCUGCACGCCCCCAGAAGCUGUCAACUCCGGCCUGCUUCCGAGUAUCUGAAGCAAGUGACCAGAGGCAAGUGGAGAGGAGGUAGCAGAUAGACGCACAAGGAUCUGAUUGUGCCCGGAUCGUUUAGAUCAGCCCAGCACGUGUGGUUUCCUGGUUUCCGAGUUUCGUUGGUCUGAGGCUAUAAAACCAGCCACAGGGCAGCAGGAGGCUCAGGUUGGUGCUGAGCCUGGAAGAGGAUCUGAGGAGCUGUGAACUCAGAGAUGGAGCGGCCCCGUCUCCUGCUCCUGCUUUCCCUGCUGUCCUACCCCUCGACACAGGCUGGUGCUUUGCGGAGUGAGAUUGUCGGGGGGCAUGAAGCCAAGCCCCACUCCAGACCCUACAUGGCAGCUCUGAAGGUUUCCAAUGGUUUCAAUUGUGGGGGGUUUCUGGUGGCCCCGGACUGGGUGAUGACCGCCGCUCACUGCAUGGGGGAUAUCACCGUGAUCCUGGGAGCUCACAAUAUCUAUGAGCCAGAGGAGUCUCAGCAGGUGCUGGGGGUUGAAACUUACUACAAACACCCUGAAUACAACAGCGUCUCCGUAACUAAUGACAUCCUGCUGCUCAAGCUGACAGCGAAGGCCAAGCUGAAUAAAUACGUCCAGGUCAUCCCCCUGCCCAAGAGCAGCAGCGACAUCCCCACCGGCACCAAGUGCAGCAUAGCGGGAUGGGGCCUCAUUGACAAAGAGAAGGUCACGGCCAAGCUCUUUGAGACUAACGUCACCAUCUACAGCCGCAGGAAAUGCCUCAACAUCUACCCCCAACUCAACGACGGCAUGCUCUGCGCCGGCAGCUUCCACAAGCUCAAGGACUCCAGCCAGGGGGAUUCCGGGGGGCCUAUGAUCUGCAAUGGGGUGGUGCAGGGAAUUGUCUCCUUUGGCAACAGCUUCCCUCCUGGUGUCUACACCCGCAUUGCUAACUACCUUCCGUGGAUCAAAAAGAUCAUGGGCUAGAGGACCGGAGAGGAAGAUGCUCCAGCUUCUCCUCCAGCAUCUUCUGCCUUGGAGACCCGUGCUGCUUUCCCUUAUGUUGCAUCCUCCAACCUUUUCUCCCUUUGGGGUGUUGUGUCUCUAGGUGCCUCUAUGGCCUGGUUACUGUAGAUCUGAAUGCCUGCAGGCCCAGCAGGCCCCUUGUCACCUGGGUUCUGUUGGCUCGGGAG